AUGCAUAUUUGCGCCCCAUCAGGUCGCGCAGCCAAUUUAAACCUCACAAAACGACUCAUUCUUAGAAUCCCCGCUGUGCUUAUGCUGGCACAACCACUCAUCAGACUGUACAUUGGUAUGUGCCAAGAUUAUGAAACGCCGUCUGCCCAGCAUUGGCUGAAAUACGCGCGAAUCAUCCUUCCCAACACAUGGCUCGAAGGAACAACCAAUCAUGCCUCGUUGUUCUGGUCUACGUUCAUCGGAGCUUGUUUUACGCAAUGUGUGUCUAUCACUGCACGAAGCUUGGAACACAUACCAUCGGCGGAAGAUCCGUCAACGUUCAAUCUUGCAAGUUUUGCAUUCUUAUUACACGUGCAUUCGACGAAUCGUGCAUUUCUUCCCAAUGCACACGUAUACCUGAUUGUCAUCUCGCGCGUUUUGGAGCUGAUGGGGCUCAAUGUCCUACAAUGCUGGCGACGCCCACCCGUAUCGCGUCUUGUUUAUACAUCUGCACUGGGCGUACUGAUGACUAUGCACUACGUGUAUACGAUGUUAUACACGAACGAAUAUCCUAUCAUGCACAGCACGACGCGAUUCUUGGAGGCAUCUACGGCUGGGAUCAUUUUGCUCACGCUCUGUCUUCACGGGCUGACAGUCUUCAUGACCGAUGGGCAUGUGUCGGUGAACCGUCUUGUGUUUACAAGUGCAAAUAUGCCAAGAUCUACGGAUGAUUACACGAUAGCAGUUCUCAAGCUCGGCACCGCAUGUCUUCAUGCAACGAGGCUCACGGGUUUCUCACUAGAGCUCAAGACACUGGACAGGCCUUUGCACACUUACGUGGAACUGCAUCCUGAUGGUCGAUCGGUGCUUCAGCAUGGAAUCGUUGAUAUCGAGCAAAUGGAAUCUGAUGGUAUCAAUGGCUACGAGACUGAGGUCAAGAAUGUCCGUGUCGUGAUGAAUGAGGACCCGCCCGAGCUUGGUUCGCCUGUGCGUGGCGGCGAUAAGCUACGGGAGUGUUGGUCAUUCGUCAGUGCUCUGGGACAAGUUGUAAAGCAUUCCUUGUCUGCAGCCGCACUGCGGCUUGAACCCUACUGCCCACCAGUACCGGGAUUCAUCCAUAAUUUACCACGGUACGUUCGUCUCUUUUGGCAUGGAACGAACGGCGAGGCGCGUCGUGAGGCGCGCUUGCGGGCCGAACGAGAACACACAGCUGAGCUCGAUCGUAGAAACGAGCGCCUAGCAUCUCUCCAUGAACGUUUCUUGCACCGACAAAUCCAAAGGGCACCAACAGGUAUACAUGCUCCGCCUGCCUGGCUAGCGAUUGAAGAUCUUGAUCCUCUUGAACUGAUCUCGCUUGCAGAGAACGAAGCCGAAGACUUGCCAAUGUUUCAAGACGUACUUCUUAAACAUAUGCUGCGACCUGACCAUGCACCGCCCCUUACUCGGCGCGAGUAUCGGCAAUUGAUACACAAUGAAUCCCGGGCGCCAGCGCGUGAUAUGGCACUUUCCGACAUUGACCAUAGCACGAAGAAAAAUGCGUGGUCAUCUGCAGCUGCGUUACUCGCUCUUCCAGCAGGACCCGACUUGGCUACGGUCCAAACAGCCUCAGAUCGAAACACGCAACUGGCGCUCUUGCAUCUGUUGCAAGAGCGGCGACGAAUGGACGCCUCAAAAAACUCACGCCCAGAUCACGAACGCUCUAGACUAUGUGUUGUUUGCUGUUGUGAAGAAAGAACUGUGAUCAACUGGCCAUGCCGCUGUCUUGCCCUUUGCAAUGCAUGUCGCGAGAUUCUGGCGAACCAGCAAAAGAUCAUCUUAUCUCACGGGCAGAAUCGUGCUCGGACCGUUCAGCUGUGUCCUACAUGCCGCACGCCUGUCCUGGCCUUUUCUCGCUUGUACUUGCCAUAG